CCAAUUUCUGUAGUGUUUACGCUCAUUAGGGUCAAGGGUGAGUCACUGGUCGCCCGGCAGCAACGGUGCACGAGGAGUAUCGACAAACAUUGACACAAAGUAUUCUCGGGGCCGUGAAUGUUGCAGUACCUGGAGAGGAUCUGCAGUACGGAAGCUCAUGCAAAUUGUGUACGGGGAGGCUGGAAUUAAGUUUUGAACCCUUGACCUUGGAAGUCUGAGCUACAUUAGCAACCAUGAAGGGCCCCGCAAUCCGUCUGCUGUUAUGUGGCGUAAUUCUACUCGGGGGCCUGCUGUGUGGCGCUCAAAACAACUCAUCCACUGUGUCUUCUGUGUGGCUCUCGACUCGACCAAAGGAAAAUUCCUCAGCCAGCACUAAUUCCCCGGUUCUGACGACUCCAGCCGCCACCCCACGGCUCACGUCGGCGGUCUGGAGCACCUCGAAACGGAACACGACGCCGAGCGACGCCGCCCCACCCGUCGGCGUGCUGGACAGGAGAGAACUCUUGGUGCUAACGGGAGGCCUGGUCCUGGUCUGCGUCAUUCUGCUGCUGUCCACUUUAAUGCUGACCUGUAAAGUGUGCCAGAUGAGCCGACACAUCAAGAUGCUGGCCGGCGACUCCGUGAAGCUGACCGCGUCGAAGGGGCAACACAAAAGUAACCCGGAGACGGACGCCAAAGAGACUAGCAUGGUCUUGACGAAUUUGAGUAAAACACAGGAGGAGGUGGACCGUCGUAACUCCAGAGAGGAAGGCCAGAAGGUGCAUGAGAAUGGAGAAACAGAAGACGGGAAGCAGGAGGCUGAAGAGGUUUGUAAAAGCCAACAAGCCGGUGAUGUCACCCCAGUGGAUGAUUCAUGCUUGCUUACGCAGGAAAAACAUCUUGAUGCCCCCUGUGCCAACGCUUCGGCUGCCCCCUCCCCUGGUGCCACGGAGGAACAAAAAAAUGUGGUUUAGUGCUGUCGGAGGGAGGGGGGUUUCCUGUUAACUGCCUGUCUUAGGGUACCUUUUUUUCAUUUCCAUAGCACAGCUUUUCAUUUACAGCAGGGGUACUAGUGUAUUUUUUUUUUUUUUUGUCGUUUUUACGCCGCAAAAUAUUCCACACACACAUACACACACACAUUCACCAUCCGGUAUUUGCAAAUUAACGUACAAUAUUUGUUGAUUAUUAUUUUAGAACUGUUUGCUAAAAACAAAACUAUUUGCUGUUUUUAUGCUGAGGCCACAGUAAUAAAAUGACUCAAUUUGCUUGUUGUUAUGAAGGAACUAAGUUGACAUGGGUGAAGGAGUUUCAUUUGGACAAACUGUUUGAGUUAAUGAGUAAUGGAUGGACGGAUGGAUCGAUGAAGGGACGUUUUGUUGCCAUCUUGUGAAUUGUUGGUGUCAAGGAAUUUUGUUUAAAAUAAGUUGAGGCGUUUCAUUGAGACAAAAAUUGUACUUUGAAGACCUCUUGUGGCCUCUUGGUAUCAAGGAUCUAUGCUAAAGUGAGUUGUGAAGGCUUAUUUAGACAAAAACAGUGCUUCAGCGCCAUCUUAAUGUCGUGGAACUAUGUUUAAAUGAGUUGAGGGGUUGCUAUAAGAAAAAAAUAGUGCUUCACCACCAUCUUGUGGCAUCUCGUCACUUAUGUUGAACUGAAUUGAGGUGUUUCAUUUCAACAAAAAUAGAGCUUUCACUUUAAAUGAGUACUGCAAAAAAUGCUCAUGUUUUUUUGCCAUUGAAUUUAAACAACGAAACUGCACAUGCACCCCUCCACAUAAAAUCUACAAUAACAUUCAAUGUGUACCCAUCGGCAACCGUGACAAAAACAAAAUAUGACAUAUCAGCAUUUAAAAGCGCUUCAGUGAAAAUGUAUCAAUCAUCCGCGUGUUGUACAUCUAAAAACAAACAAACGAACAAACCAAAACCUACGCUGCUUAAAUACUUUCGAAAUAUAGUUUUAGCAUGACGAGUGAAUUAAGUUUGAGGAACGUCUUGGUGGAGCCCUGAGAGAGAAACGUUUGGACAGUAAAAUGUGCCCAAAAUGUCCAAAUUAUAACGUGGUACAUAACAAAGCUUUGUGCCGCUUGUUUAUAAACAUUCACACGCUUUCUGCGCCAACGCGGUGCAAGUGGCAGGCAAAUAAAGAUCGCAAACGCAUGAGCAGCAAUUUUUUUUCCACGUUUCCAACUCUCACCAUUAUCAUCCCGAAUGAAAAUAAAAAGUGAUUUACAGAAGAAGAAUUAGAUGCAUGCCUUGUUUGCCAUGUGUGUUCCUGUCGUACCAAUGAGAUGUUCCAAAAAAAAAAAAAAUUCCUUACUGUUAGGUGAGCAAAAUUUGAGAUUACCGGUGAUUUGAUUUUUAAUUCCACACGAAUACAUCGAAAUAAUUAAUAAUUAUACAAGAAUAUCAAUUGCAAUGAAGCGAUUUAAGCACAUGAUGGCACUAUUUAUUCAAGUACUACUCACUCUGAACUCCCGAAUGCAGCUUGAAAAUGCAACUGGGCCAUUGCAAUUCUACAUCCAGUAUGUUAUGAUUCGGAAUUUCAACUUUUCUCUUUUUACUCCCAACAAAUGGAUGCAUUUAUUUGACUUGUGAGCUGACCUCUUCAGUCUCUCUGUUUCAGGCAACUUUUUUUUAAUUUUAAUGAGGAAUGCUGAGCAUCGUGGUCAUUUGUUGCAGAGCGUUUUUCGGCAUUUUUGUGGCUGAAGAUGAAUGAACAAGUCGAUUUUUCAAAAAAAGCACGUUGUAUCCAGUCAACGUUCAGCAGCCGAUAUCCGAAUAAGGUUAUGCACAUAUCCUUGCCUUUGUUUUGUCCCGUUGGUGUCAAAACCUCUUUUCUGAAGACCUUGUUGUGCUUCGCGCUAUACAACCGGACGCGGCGUUUUUAUUCCAACACAGUAUGAUGAAUUAUUCAGCAACUACAUCUCCCAUGAGUAAGCAUACUAAGUAAGCAAAAGAAAAAGAAAAAAAGAAGAGCAUUUAUCCCAGUCAGGCUUUUCUUCACACUUAAUCACAGUUGACAACUACCUACUACAAGCACAGCUUUGAAAGGUAAUCAUAGAACAAUAUCUCUGAAAUGUAAGCAGGUUAUUUGAAGAAAAAUGUUUGGAAAAUGCACAAAUGGAGACAGAAAAUGAACACAUCUGAGGCCUGGCCAAUGGUGUUGGGACGUCGUGUCAGACAAAAAAACGGAAUACAAUGGCUGGUACGACGUCGAUGGCCGGGAAACGCAUACUUUAAUGUGUGGAGACGUUUUACUUAAUGUUUAAUUAUUUGUGGGACACGUUCAUUCUUUCACAAAAAGUUUUGAAAUGUCACGAGCACCAAUCUGGUCAUCUGCUUGCUGCUCACGACCCAAAAGUGGCCUUCAAAUGUAGGAGAAUGUCCCAGUGAGAGCGUUAUUUUGUUUGUAAACGGAUUUUCACACUUCUUUGCAGAAAGCAAUUCAUCAAACACAAAAAAAAUAUGAUAUUGCUGUGACAGAAGAUGGGAAUGAGCUUUGAUUUGUAUCUUUCUAUGCCACUCGCAAAUGAA